CUCAUGCCUGCGUCGAAGCAGAUCAACCGGCGAUUCACGCUUUUAAAAAAGCAAAUCCGAGCACUUCUGGGAAAAAAGGUCAUCUCGCAUUAAAUUCCGCGGCGCGAUUGGUAUUCCGACGUCGUUUCUGGCGGAGUUUAUAAGCGGCAGGUCGCUCUCAGGCUGGAGUCGUCCUGCCUGCCUGGACUCCGGCAGCAAGAGUGGUCCACUCGCCUCAUCGCAAAUUCCUUCCUGCCUACCCCCCAGAGGAAUAUCGGAAGAAACCCAGGCUCUGAGGACUGGGGCUUUACUAAAGGGAUGGCUGCCUCUGCUCCUUCGUCCUCCAACGACGCUCCGGACCCCACCCCAACUAAUUUACGACCCACAACUUACGACUCGUGGUGCGGCGUGGCUCACGGGUGCACCAGGAAGAUCGGGCUGAAGAUAUGCGGGUUCCUGCAAAGGACCAACAGCUUGGAAGACAAGGGCCGGAUCGUCAGCUCCCUGAAGGAACGACAGUCCUCCAAGAACCUGCUGGCAUGCGAGAACAGCGAGAAGGAAUCCAGGUUCCGGCGCACGGAGACAGACUUCUCCAAUUUGUAUGCCAGAGAUUUGCUACCCGCCAAGAAUGGCGAGGAGCAGACCAUGCAGUUCCUGCUGGAGGUCGUGGACAUCCUUCUCAACUACGUGAGGAAAACGUUUGACAGAUCUACUAAAGUGCUGGACUUCCACCACCCACACCAGCUCUUGGAGGGCAUGGAGGGCUUUAACCUGGAGCUCUCAGACAACCCCGAGUCUCUGGAGCAGAUCCUGGUGGACUGCCGGGACACGCUGAAAUACGGAGUGAGGACAGGUCACCCUCGCUUUUUCAAUCAGCUGUCUACAGGACUGGACAUCAUUGGCUUGGCUGGGGAGUGGCUGACGUCAACUGCUAACACAAACAUGUUUACCUAUGAAAUUGCCCCUGUUUUUGUCCUCAUGGAACAAAUAACACUUCGAAAGAUGAGAGAGAUUAUUGGAUGGUCAAAUAAAGAUGGUGAUGGAAUAUUCUCACCUGGAGGAGCUAUCUCCAACAUGUACAGCAUAAUGGCUGCACGCUACAAGUAUUUCCCUGAAGUCAAAACCAAAGGCAUGGCUGCAGUUCCUAAACUGGUUCUCUUUACCUCAGAACAUAGUCACUACUCAAUAAAGAAAGCUGGUGCUGCACUUGGAUUUGGAACAGACAACGUGAUUUUGAUAAAAUGCAAUGAAAGAGGCAAAAUAAUACCAGCUGAUUUGGAGGCAAAAAUUCUGGAAGCAAAACAAAAGGGAUACAUUCCUCUCUUUGUAAAUGCAACUGCAGGAACAACAGUAUAUGGAGCCUUUGAUCCAAUACAGGAGAUUGCAGAUAUAUGUGAAAAAUACAACCUCUGGCUCCACGUAGAUGCUGCCUGGGGAGGUGGACUCUUAAUGUCCCGAAAGCAUCGUCAUAAGUUGAAUGGAAUAGAAAGAGCCAACUCCGUCACCUGGAAUCCACACAAGAUGAUGGGAGUGUUGUUACAGUGUUCUGCUAUUCUUGUCCGGGAGAAGGGUAUACUUCAAGGCUGCAAUCAAAUGUGUGCAGGCUAUCUCUUCCAACAAGACAAACAGUAUGAUGUAUCCUACGACACCGGAGAUAAGGCAAUACAGUGUGGUCGACAUGUGGACAUUUUCAAAUUCUGGUUGAUGUGGAAGGCAAAGGGUACAGUAGGUUUUGAAAAUCAGAUCAACAAAUGCCUGGAGCUGGCAGAAUAUCUCUACACUAAAAUAAAAAAUAGAGAAGAAUUUGAGAUGGUUUUUGAAGGGGAGCCAGAGCACACAAAUGUCUGUUUUUGGUAUAUUCCGCCAAGUCUCAGGGGUAUGCCAGACUGUGAUGAGAGAAGAGAAAAGUUACACAGGGUGGCACCGAAAAUCAAAGCACUGAUGAUGGAGUCAGGUACUACCAUGGUUGGAUAUCAGCCUCAGGGCGAUAAAGUCAACUUCUUCCGAAUGGUCAUCUCAAACCCAGCAGCAACUAAGUCUGACAUUGACUUCCUCAUUGAGGAGAUAGAGAGGUUGGGGCAGGAGCUGUAGUACAGUGGUUGAAUUAUUUAUUUCUCUAAUUCACUGUUUCCCAGCACUGGCUAUUUUUUAAACCCAGUUCUGCAGAACAUGUUUUAAGGAAAUUAUCUUUCUGUAAGUUCUAGUCUCCUAAGGCAUCCUGAAAAAAAACAGCUAUAGGCUACUGAAACAUAUAUGUGUUGGUAGAUCAUAUUACCGAGGGAAAAUGUAUUAUCUUGAAGUUGAAGUACUAUUGACCCUUACAUUGGUCUUGUUUAUUGUAGUCAGCAGGAAAUUAAUAAGUACUAAAAUAGCAAAUUAAGAACUCUGCACAGUAUAUAUGUACAGUAUAAAUAAAUAUAUAUAUAUAUAAAAUUAUAUAUAUAUAUACAUACAUAUAUAUAUAUAUAUAAAGUGGUUAUAAACUUAGAUCUAAGCCACAGCAUGUUUUCCACUUUAAGAGAAUUAACUUUUCCUUCAACAACUAACGAUGUGGAUAAUGUGCUACAGAUUUUUCUGCCAGGUAAAAACAGACAUAUAGAAACAUUUCUAAUAUGUAGAUUCUUAGGAGCUAAAGAAAAUGUAUAACAGUAUUAAAUCUUAUUGUUGGUGCUUCUCUCACAUACAGAACAGCAAUCCCUAACAGCACCUUCAAGUAAAAUACAUGUAUUUCCCCUUUAGUGUCACAUCAGGGGAUAAUAGUAGCCAAGUCAUUGUAACAGGUAUAUUAUUGCUGUAUUUUUAGAGGUUAAUUUGUGUAGAUUGUGUAUAUUAUUGUUAAAUGACUUUGUGUAAAAGGAUUUAAAUGUAAUAGUUUUACAGCAAGAUAACUGUUGAACUGUAGGUUUAUGAAAUAUUUGCUUAUUUAUAUGCAGAGAUUUACCAUGCUGAAGAAUUGUCUUGUAUUUUCUUCCAUUUGUAAUGUAUCCUAUUUAUAUAUUAUUGAAGUUCUAUAUAAUGUUAAUGGUAUUUUAGUGUCUUUGUGAGCCAAAGAAAAAAAUAGAAAAAAUAUUAGUUGACACUUUCAUUUAAAUCCCAGUGCCCUUAAAAUAAUAACUUACAGAUAACUUUACUGAAUAUAAGGAAUUCUAACAUUGUGUAUAAACUGUCAAAUUAUGAGAUCCCUUUAGUCUAUUAGAAUUUUCAGUUGUAUUUAUUGUAGUGUCAGACUGUCUGUUCAGUGUUCUGAAUGCUUUUCUAGUGAAUAUUGGUUGCUAACUGAGGCCCCUGUUUUUGAGUUUUACUUCAGAACUAAUCUCUAUGACCAUUAUAACUAAAUUCUGUGGGAAGAUUCCUGGAGGUCUAUAGCAUUUCUGUGGGAGUUUUAACCAGAUAAUUCUUUUAGUGAAAUGUGUUUGGAGCUUAUAAAAUAAAAUCAAAAGUAAUCUCAGAAUCUAAA